CACACAGACGGUAGAAAAUAGAAGGGCCUCUAGCGCCAGACAUGAGUACUGGUCUGUUUGCUCACUCCUGCCGUCGGAUCCACAGCGCCAGCAUCGCAGCGUCCGGGCAGACACACACACACACACACACACACACACACACACACACACACGGUCAGGCGUGCGGACAGGCGCCCCGCAGCCCGCAGCUCCCGCCCCGUGUGCCCGCGCGCUCAACGGACUACGUCGACGACUGGUUUUGCUUUUCGUUUGUUCCGGGCUUCUUUCUACGUUCCGCGUCUCUCGCACCGCAGGGCCUCUUCAGCUCACUGGGAGAGAGAAGAAGCAGAAGAAGCAGAAGCAGAAGAAGCAGAAGAAGCAGAAGCAGAAGAAGCAGAAGAAGUGGGUGUUUGCUGCUCACUGGUGUUCCGGCAGCAGCGGUCGCGGCGGCGGCGAACGCAGCGAAGUGUCCCCGAUGGCAGGCUGGAAGGACGGCUCGGUGCAGGAGAAGUACCGGCUGGUCGUAGUCGGAGGCGGCGGGGUCGGGAAAUCAGCCCUGACCAUCCAGUUUAUUCAGUCGUACUUUGUCACCGACUAUGACCCAACCAUUGAAGAUUCUUAUACCAAGCAGUGUGUGAUUGACGAAAGGGCGGCCAGGCUCGACAUCCUCGACACGGCUGGACAGGAAGAGUUUGGAGCCAUGAGAGAACAAUACAUGAGGACAGGGGAGGGCUUCCUGCUCGUCUUCUCAGUCACCGACAGAGGAAGCUUUGAGGAAAUCUACAAAUUCCAAAGACAAAUCCUCAGGGUGAAAGACCGAGAUGAGUUCCCUAUGAUCCUUGUAGGAAACAAAGCCGAUCUGGAACAACAAAGACAAGUAACCCAGGAAGAGGGCCAGCAGUUGGCCAGACAACUGAAGGUCACAUAUAUGUAGGCUUCAGCCAAAAUUCGUAUGAAUGUAGACCAGGCUUUCCACGAGAUGGUUCGAGUAAUCAGGAAAUUCCAGGAGCAGGAAUGUCCCCCCUCGCCAGAACCUACAAGGAAAGAGAAAGACAAGAGCGGCUGCCAUUGUGUGAUCGUCUGAGGCGGCCUUAUCACUGUCACUCAUGCAGCUGCGACCCACUCUGCCUAACAUCACAUCCCCGGUGGAUGACUGACCGCUGCCUUCUCCUCGUGCAUGACUUCAGACAGCCUUUUCUGAGGUACUUUGACCAGGAAGCGCUGUCCCCAGGACAUCGCUGUGGACAACUGACAAUGCCAAAUUUGAACACCACUCUACCUUCAGCUGUAAUCUAAUUUACACGAGAGAGUCCCAACACUAAACAUGGCCUUUCCGAAAUCCGCCUGACAAAUUCAUGUUUUGUACUCUGAAGGACUUCUCUUGCCUUGUAGUGACAUUUGUAGUUGCUACCGAGAUUGAAUGAAAACUAUAUAUCCAGAAUGUUAAUGAGUUUGUUUAGUUUCUAGCGUCUGACCAGAGCAAAGAGAUUAUCUAAUGAAGCUUUGUUUAUGUCGUGCCAUAUCCACCUUUUACUCCCAUGUGCUUAUCUGCUACUGUACAUAUGUGACAUUUGUUGUGAUUUUUAAAGUGUACUUCUAAUGAUCUAUUAAAUCACCACAGUUCAGUGUGUGAGGUUGAGUUUGGUUUUACAUACAUGAAAGUGAAUAUAUAUAUAUAUAUAUAUAUAUAUAUAAGUAUGUAUAUUAAUAUAAAGUCUAGAAAGCCCUUAAAGCUACAAUGAUAGAACUUUCUGUUCUUUUGCAGUGGAUUCUUCUUCUCUGUCUGUGGUUCUGGCUUUGAAGGGUCUACUGUAUCUGAUAUUUUUUCAAAAGUUGUAUAGAUUGAUCCCUUCUCAUCCUUUGCCAUCUCCUCAAUCUACCGAAAGUAGCAAAUGGUUCUGACUUUCUAUCUUUGAAAUUGGACAUCAGAUUUCUAAGAAUCCGAGGAUCCUUUUGUUGGUAGCACUUUGUACAUCUGACAACUAACGUGAUUUCAGCUCAAAACACUGUAUGCUCCAUAUUCAACUCUUGACAAUUAAAAGUCCUCAAAUUAAUUUGUUGCAAAUCAAGACGCUUUCAGAGCUCAGUUCAGAUCAUUCCAGGUUAAAGAAUCUCUGUCAUACAUUUAGUCCACGAUUUAGAUAAACUAACUGUUGUAUCAUUCCAAUAACACAGUGGCAAUGCAUCUGUUUUGUGUCGCUCAAUUAUUCUGUUGCGUUACUUUUACCCCCCAAUGAUCGGUCGCCUGGCAAAACCAGGACAAGUGGAAGCGCUGAGAUGCGCGUCGUGAAACAGUCGUUCUCCAACAGGUCAUGAACUCAACGGGACCUGCCACCCGUGGAAUAAUCGUCACCACAGACACGAGGCGCCGUUCUGGCUCCUCCUCUCUGCUUCAUCUGUUUGGCCGUAUAAAUGGAGUACUGCCGGUUUGUUUUUCAUCGCCUCACCCUGUGUAAUCAUCAACGUAACUCAGAUGAUGGAAGUAACAGACUUGAUUAAAUGUUUCUACUCUACUUUUAUACAUUAUUUUCUUAUCAAACUAGUUGACAAGUAUUUUUAUAUGUUUAUAAGUGAAUACACAGCAUGGCUGUGUAUAUAUGUAGAGAGGGAUGUUUAAUUAUUUAAAAUAAGGAUAACUGUUGGCCCAAAUUUACAAAAGUCUAAUUCUUCACUCAGAUGUGAUCAAGAAUGUUGUGGCUUGUGGCUUAACAAAGGAGAAUAUAUUGAUAUGUGAGUGAGUGUAAAACGCCAGGUCCAGUGGGACAGGGUUCUUAGAAAUGAUCUUAAAAUCACAUGGAUGAAUUAUUAUAAUCCCUGAGAUUCAAAAUACCUGCUUCCAUCUUCAUCCCAAUCCAAGUAUACGUCUAAUACGACGUCUCCAUACUAAUUUGUUCCUUCUUUUUCCUUCAUAUUUAUGUAUGUUGCCCUAUGUCUAGAUUUUGGUGCCACAAUAAAAUCUGUCUUUGAGCCAGAUGGGUAGAGAAUUAUAUUUUUAGACCGACCUGUUUUACAUGCAGAGCAUAGUCGUAGUGAGAUCAUUAUUAUUAAUUUGUUUUCCAUGUUUUGGGUUUGUAUUUAUUAAAACUUGUAAAAAUACUCGUGGCUGAAUUUGACUGCCACGGCAUCAGUCUAAUGUUUAUUAAUGUACAAUGUAAUAUUACUUUACAUUUUUUUUAAAGUAGAUGCUGAAAAUACUCUCGUUGUCAGAUUAGUGACAUUACGGAUCCAUACGUGCGUUUGACUAAAGGGGGCUUGUUUUAAUCAAGGAAAUGUUUUUGAGAUAUAUACAUUAUAGGUUAUACAUUAAAAAGACAAAAGAUGCAACAUAAAGAGUUUUAGUGAGGUGACGGCCCAUCAGGAGCAGCUUCGGUGCUCUGUCGCACAGUUUGGGACGAGCCCCACUCAUUUAACAGAUAUCCCUUCAAUGUGUGUGUGUUGAUGAUGGUAAUGGAAACGUCCCGAAGGGUCCCAUAGGUGUUCAGUGGAGCUGAGAUAUGAAGUCCAUGUGAGGUUCACAUCUUUUUCAACCGAAUCAAACCAUCUACUACCCGCAUCCUACACACUCACUCAGACAGUUCAGUAAACACAAUUAUUCCACAGUUUCACUCACAAUUUGUGCUGCAAUUGUGUUUGUGAUAAUAGGUUUUCUCUGUAUGUUUCUCAGAAAGUGCUUUGAAUAGAAGAUUAUGUGCAGUCCUAGCCAUCGACUGAAUGUGCAAAGAGAGAAUCUAAAUGAUGAAAUAACAAAGGGCAUGAAGUCUUGAUUCAGUUGUAUGUGUAACAUGUUUUUGUGUGUGUUGUGCAUCAUCUGGCCUUGCAUUCGUCACUAUCAGCAUUUCAAUAAUAAAACCCGUUCGUAAAUUCUA